AUGACGCCAGAGAGGGUCGCCUUGCCCCAGGAUCCUCCUUACUCUGAUAUGCAGUUUCCAGGGGCCGUUCCAAGUGGGACUUGGGCUCUCCAAGCCUUUUCCGCGGCGUUUGAAGAGCAAGCGGCAGCAUCAGCUGCUUCCGGAACGCCUGCCAGUGCUCCGGCAGUUGCUACGGCUGUUGCUGCUGCUGCUGGCUCAGCUCAAGCGCAGGGUGUGCAAGAUGGGACCUCUACAAGCUCCUGUCCCGCCCGUAUCAGUAGCAACAGCAACACAAGAAACAGGAACUGGGGCAUCGGGUCCGCGAUAGCUUCUGCAGCACUUCGGUUGCCUCCCCCUUGCCCAUUAUCCUGGCUGUCAUAUGAUGCUGAUGGUUGGGGUUCUCCGGAGGGUGCUUCGAGUCCACGCAAGCGGGAAGGCUGGGGACCCGACAGUAGAGGGUUUGGGGGUUCCUUUGUAAUGGAGGGCUCGAGUGUAGGCCUUAUGGAGAGACCCUUGGGUCUACUGCCUCCCUGGUUUGGUGCACUUCCUCGGCUACUUCUGCAGCAGGAGGUGGCACUAAUGCUCACUGUGGGUUCAGGGAGAUCCGUGCUAGAAACGUUCACGGAGGUUGUUCUGAGGGAGCAGGCUGCUCGAAAAGCGCUACAACGUUGUGGGGACCCUUGGCUGCAGCGAGCCGCAGCAAGCAGUUCUGCAGCAGCAGCAACGGCAAAGGGUUCUGUCGCUGCUCUACCUUCUGCAAAGGCGGUUGCAGGCACUGCUCACACCGCGGAAAUCCCUGCACGCGCAGCAGUAGCAGGGGAAGAGCGGGGUGCACCAGCAACGUCAGCUGCGGGAGCAUCUGCGGCAGUAGCAGCACAGCAUCAGCUGACUCUGCCCCCCAAAAGGGUUCAGGGCCGCCUCUGGGAGGCAGAGGCUUUUGGGCCUCCUGACGAGAGCCACCCCGAGCCUGUGGCUGGCCGCUGGCAGGAGGCCCUGGAGCCUCACCCCUACGGGCAUACUGCGCGAGGGGCUGCCCACCUGCGGGGGCCUUUGGGGGCAGCCACGCAAUCCAGCGAGCGUCCAGAAAAUUCGGACCAAUCGAGCCCAGCUGGAGCAUCGGUACCACCUGCAGCUCCUGCUUCGGCAACCGGUACAGAAGCUGCUGCUGCGGCUUCUGCCACCACAGCAGCGGAUAUUGAGAGCAGGGCGAGGCGCCUGCUCCAUCAGCUCAAAGCUUUCCCGCCUUUUAGUCUUGGAACCACUAGAAAUUAUGGGGCCUCCUGGGGCGUUUUUAAGGGCAAUGGAGCACAGCGGGAGGCCCUUGAGCUGAUGGAGCAACUUUGGAUGCAUAUGCAGCAACCUGGUGUCACUGCAGCAGCGGCACCGGCAACGACGGCAGCACGAGUGGCCGUCAGCGAGGCAGCUGUUAGCGCAGCCCUGCGGUACGGCUCUGUGCGGGAACUCUUGUUACUGCUUUUGCUAUGUCUCGCUGCAUUGCAGCAUAAACAGCAGCAGCAACUCGGCUUCACGGGAUUAGAUACUCGGGCCGUGCCUUCUUCGUCAGUUGAUGCGUCAGGACAAACCUGGGAUUUUGCAGGACCAACAGCUGGAGUUGCAGCAGGAGAAGCGGCGAUACCACUGCAGGAGGAGGAGGCGUCUACUGUUGCUGCUGAAGGCGCAGCUUGGGGAGAUGCUGCUCUGGAGGAGCUCCAGAUUUUGUCUCUUCUAAGGGACUUUUCGUGGUCUCAGCGGAGCCGCGAAGACUGCGCGUAUGCAGGGGCUGCCGCAGUUGAUAUUACCGCAGCAACAACAGAUACAGCAGCAGCAGUCCCACUGAGAGGCCGUGCCUCACUCGUCGUUACGUGCAACCCACGCGUUGUCGCUUGGCGUCCCCACAGUCCGGCACGUGAAGAGUUUCGCGAGCAGCAGCAGCAGCAGCAGUCCGCUUCUGCUGCAGCAGGCACGCUAUCUGUUGCCGCAGCAGUUGCCGCUGCAGCAGGAGAUCCGUCAGGACCUGGACAUGAUGCUGUCGCAGCUUUAGGCCGCGGCAGCGACUCUGGGGCAUCUUCUACAGAAGAGGAAGGUGAUAUUUUCACAGAGGUGUCAAGACAGCGAAGGAGCACAACAGCAGCAACGGCAGCCGCUGCCGAGCCUGUAAACGAAGGCGACCCAGACAUGCCUAUAAGCAUAUUUCCUACGUCCCACCAAGUGCUUUCUUCACGGCAUCAGCGACAGCAGCGGCAGCAGUUGCUGCAGCAGCUGCUCGAGCAAGAACACGAGCAGGAGGAAACGUUUGUGAUUCCCAACUGGACGGGCUUGCGGCCUUUCGAAUUGCCUCGAGGGGCGAUUUGUGGCGUACGUUUGCUACAGGAGCCAAAUCAUACGCGGCUCGGGUACUUGUGUUUGCCACGAGGUAGCGAUUUGGAAUGCAUAGACAGCUCACUGCCUUCAGAGGAAAACAGGCACAGCAGCGCCAGGUUGCGUGCAGCAUUAUGGUUGCCGGAUGGCCGCGGCUGGAGAGCUCCUUUGUCCGUUCGGGAUGAAGUAUUGAUGUUGACAGCAGAGGAGGCGCUUUCCUCUACCCAUGUGCUGCUGCAGCAGGGGCCUCAGAGGCCUCAGAGACUCAAGGAGAUGCUGCCACCGCUACUGCUUGCAGGAGCAACAACAGAAACGCAGCUUCCACACACGCAGGAGCAGCAGCAUAGUGAAGAAGCCCCUCACGCCGCUGCUUCUGCAACGGGAUUGACCUCCUCUGUUGCAAGUGGAGCAGCAAGCGGUUCGUUUGUAAGAAGAAGCGCAGCAGUUGCUGUUGCACCUACUGCUGCUGGAGAAACAGGAGAGUGGGAGGGUGGCGAUGCCCCUGCAAGCACAAGCAGCAGCUGCAGCAGCAGCAGCUUGCGGGAUGAGUGGUUUGCAGCGGCAGAGACACGCGAGUGGGCCUGCGAGGGCGUCCACAUUUGUCAAUUCCGGCUGUCCGAGACCUUAACCGCGGCGGCUAAGGUAGAGGGAACAGACCCGCCCCCCCACCCCUUGCACGCCUUCCAGGUAGGGGUGGCUUUAUGUGACGCCCAAGGCCAUCUUUACGUUGUUGAGAGACCCGCAUUAUCAGCAGCAAUAGAUGCAGACUCAUACAGCCAGAGGGAGGUGCUGCAUCGCUGCGGCAGACUUGAGGGUCCUCUUGUAGGCACACCUGGGUGCUGCGCAAUGAGCAGCAACGGGGACACAUGGGCAGGUGUACUUCACCAGGAGUAUAAGGCUGGUUCUACUGCUGCUGGGGGAAGUAGCAGCAGCAGCAACGGCUGCAGCCCAGAGCGAAGGCGUCUGAUUUCUGAGGAGGAGAGCGCAUUCCCAAAGAGCAGAGCGGCAUCCGUCUCACCUGUUGCAACAGCAGCAGUAGUAGCAGAUGCAGAAGGGGCUGCGGGAGGAGGAAGAGACAAAUGGCACUCGUGCAGUGGAGGGGAGAGGACGCUCAGGCGACUGGAACAGGCUUUAGCCGGCGGCGAUAUCGGGGGCGGCCGGCGCAGUUGGAAUGUAACUUUAAUACUUGACGCAGACAAAGGGGACCUUUUGGUCUUCGUAGAGGGGCGGAAGGUCUACGCAUGCCACUGUUUGCCGGUGCUGCCGCCGUUUCUGUGGGGUGGCAGUGGGAAAGAGACGGUGGGCUACCGAUUUUGCGUUUCUCUGUCUUCGUCGUCUCAGUCGGCAUCCCUUGUUUUUCUUCCUACCCUGGGAGGCCGUGAGCUGCGGCAGCUAGUGGGGCAGCAGCUGCAGCACCGCAGCACUGAGUUUCUUUACGUGCGGAAUGCUGCAGCAGAACCCGCGUCGCUGCUUGCCGUCGUGGCUUCUGCAUUGCUUCGGCUUGCCGAGGGAGCUCAUACAACGCUACAGCAGCGGGAGACAGCAGAUAGGUUUACUUUCCAGCCGCAGCAGCACUACCAGCGGCGGCGUCGAAGCGAUAUUGGAGACGCUUCAGGAAAGGCGCAACAACGUUUUGCCUUCGCGCUCAGGCCUGACAGUGCCGCCUUGUGGCUUAUCUAUUGCUGCAUUAUCGUCAGCAUACGCACUCUGCAGCAGCAGCAGCACUUGCGCCGGAUCCAGGAGCAGCGGCAAGUCAUAGAGUCGAUAGAUCUAGGCAAGCCUGAAGCAAGCCAGGAGCGACAGCAUCAACACUUGGUGCAACGCCAAGAACCAGAGGAUCAUCAGGAGCAAGAGAGACUUCGGGGGCAGCAGCAAGCACCUGAGCCCGAGGUGUCAGAAGCAGGGCCGUCGUGUCGGGUUUCACCUUCAGUGGCGAGCGCAGGAACAGCAGCAGCUAGCGGCAGAACGUGCAACGCAGCAGCAGCUACUGAGAGCUGUCUGCUGUCAGCAACUACCUCCCUCUUGCGUCUUUGGUCACUAGUGCUCCCCUGUUCUGCAGCAGCUGCUGCGCAACGCCCUGUGUGCACCAGCACGCGAGUUACAUACACUGCAGCAGUAGCAGCAGCAGCUCUGAAUAGAAGAGAAAAACUUCUCGAGGAAGUGGCGCCUCUGUCGCACAUACUGGCGGAGGCGGAGACAGCAGCACCACUGCUGUCCCCUGUUCCCGCAGUUGCCGAGUGUCUGGCGCACAGUUGCCUUGGAGGAGCAGCUGUCUGCUGCAGGGACUUCAGCAGUGAGAGUGGGUGUUCCUUGGGGGUAUGGCUGUCGAAUCUGCCUGUGGCCUCUCACUGGAGAUGCCAGCUGAAGGCUGCUGCGCUGAUUGCUGCAUGCGGUGCCCGCGUGGACUACUUGCGGCUGCUGCCCACGUCUGGCCUGCUGCCGUUUGCUGGAGGUUCUGCAGCAGCAGCAGCGGCUGCUUCUGCCGUCACUGCUGGUUCUGAAGAUGGUGUAGUUUCUGGAAGGGCUGAUUGCAAAGAAACUGAAUGCGUUAAUUUCUUUUCGGGGGCAACCCGUGCCGCUGCGGAAGCCUUUGUAGAGACACUGCCUCUCAUCCUGCGGUGUCUUGACAGCUUGGCUCUCGUUUUGGCAGGGUCAGAUGCUGCAGCUGUCGGCACGCAGCGGCCGCGUGACGGGCAGCAAGAAUGCUCGCCCGUUGUAAUCGCUGCGCUGGGAACUGUCGCAUCAAAGGCGUUGCAUGCGCUAUCUGCCUCCGCUGUUGCUGCUGUUGCUGCUGCACAUUGCCCAGCUCCGCUGCUCCUUCAGUUACAGCAGACGCUGCUGCGGAUUGGCAGGCUUCCUGUUGCUGCUUUUCUUAAAAUGCCGCGUGAAAACGGCAGCAGAUUAACAGGGAACUCGAGCAGGGUUGAGUCACUAGGCUUUGGUAGGGAGACUCAGCAGUUACAACAGCAGCUAGAGGCUGAAGCUGCUGGGGUUGAAGUGUCAGCUGCUCAUCUAUCUUGUCUUGCCCUGAAAGCGCUAAGGCGGCUACUACUGCAGCAGUUUGCUGGCGUAAGGCGAGGCUUACUACACGCAGUAGAAGAGACAAUUCUUGUGUGUCGUUGGUCAGGCGUACACACAGGGAACCAUAGAGAGCAGCAGCAGCUUAGAAGAAGAAGAAGCAACAGUAAGGUUGCAGCCGCAGCGCCACUAGCGCAGGCGGGAUCAAGUGCGACGGCAGCACAGACAGCUGCGGCAACAGCAGUAAAUCCAGCACCAGUUAAAGCAAGGCCGUUCGAGCCAUCUUUCCCUGUUUCGUCAGAGGGCAGCAGUGACGAAGGCCGUGCUUUGCAGUCGUCUGCGGCGGCUGCAUCGGCAGGACAGCAAGAAGUGUUUGCCGUGGGAAUUUCACAAACGGCUCACCCGUUAAAUUCUUCCUUGGGUGGCUCCGAGGAGCAGCAGCAGCAGCAGCAGAUGCAGCAGCAGCAGCAGGCAGGAGGUUCCCCGCCAGCAGCAGACAGUAGUAGCGUUGCAGGGAGUGUCUCCAGUCUGUCCUUCACAGAGAGCAGCCUGACAAUGAAGGUGCGGGACCGUUUGCACCUUCUCGCCCACUCCAUUAACUGCAUGUUCGCUGCGGUUGGAUACAACGGCAGUAGCAGCAGUGGCAGCAGCAACUUCGGAGCACCAGACAAUCAGGUGCAAAAAGUGAUGUCUCUGGUGCUGCUGCAGCUGCAGCUGCUGCUGCGGUUUCGGCGACACUCGCUUGUUGAUGCGCUGCAGUUGCUGCUGAAGAGGGUUCCUCCUUUGGGAUCCAGUGGAAUGCCCCGGCCGGAGUCCCCGUCUGUUCGCGUGGCUUUGCUGCUGCACGAAGUUGAUGCGUUUUUUCUGCGGGUGCUUCCGCAGCUUAUGCUGUUACAGGGGGACUUGGCCACAGUGGCAAACAGGGCUAACGCUGCUGCCUAUGCUACUAGUGCCUUAAGCUACAGUCCCACGAAGCAUCCACAAAUGCAAACACUUUCCAGUAACAGCUGCAGGAACAGAGACAAAAACAGCAGCAGCGAAAGGCCAUCUUCGGGCACAGAAGACAUUUGCUGGAGUGACGGGUACAGUCGGGAAUUCAAGGAGGACGUGGCAGUGUACGUACUAGAGACGCCGCACCCCACUGUCCCCUUCGAGGCUCAGAGGUUCGUGCUUGAUUUUACCGCCAAGUGGGGAACAGCCGAGCUGGUGCAGGUCCCGGGUUCUGCUGCUGCAGCUGUCGCUGCUGCUACAAGCACUAGUGGGGCAUCUCAGAGCCGCAGCAGGCGCGCAGGAGGCAGCAGCAGCGAGGGUGCAGCAUUCACUGCGGCAGAUGGAGGUUCGGUUGGGGGAAGUGUGGGGCCGGUGGGUAGUCCAAGAUCAACUCGAGCUGCAGCCGUAUCUCCGUGGCUGCCGCACGAAGGGGGGCCUCCUCUCCCUUUUGCCAGACGUGUUCGGAUUCAGAUAGACCCGAGGAGCUUUGCUGCGGCGCAAAAAGGAGAAGUUAUCAUAAAGGUUUUGAGCUCGCAGGGUCCCAAAACCCACAGGGUGCGGGAGGGGACUCAGCAGCGACUACGCUUCAAGGAUGUCAGGAAACUUGAGAUAUACGUGAGCCUACCAUCCAAGGGAGGUGACUGGGGGCUGCGCGUAGUGGUAGAGGCGACGCGCCGGCGUUUACUUUUUUCUGCGGGCGGUCCAUACCAGCUACGCUUGGCUGCGGCUGAUGCAGUUUCUUCUUUUCUGCUGCAUUUGGCAGAUGAUUUGAGUCCUCUCAGGCCCUGGGGAGGGCGGGGAAGCUCUCAGAAAGACGUGGAGUCGCUGCAGCAGCUCGCAGGCAAUGAUUUUCUGCAUUCCGCCAGGGCUCUCAGUGGCCUUCUGCGCACGGGCAUGGCCCGACUGCUACCCCCGGAACUUUGGUGCUGCCAGCCCACCGAGGCGCCUCACUUUAUUACUCCUGAAUCAACAGCAAAGCCAGUAGCCGCAGCAGGAGAUAUCGUGCCUUCUACAAGGCCAGCUCCAUGUGUGUCUAUCCCUUGGUCUGCGGGGCGCGGAGCCCUUCUUGCAGCAGAUACUCAACUGCGCCAGCAGCAAGUGCAGCAAGUGCAGCAGGGGAGCGCAAAUAUUGCUUCUGAAACUGGUGCCUUGCCCCUUGAUAGCGCUGCUGCUGCUGCUGCCGCUGCUGUCAACAUUAAUGGCGCAGCUGGCACUAAUGUUGGAGGAUGCCCACCCUGCUUCGGUGGAUGGGUAUGGGGUGAGGAGGGCCCAGGGUCGAUUUUAUCUGAGUUUAUUUGCUUGGGCAGCCUGCGUAUGCGUCGUGUUGAAGCAUUUAUAGCUGACCGUAUGCCAGCGCACCUGAAGCAGCAGCUGCCGGCUUUGUUGCCUGGCUCAUUCCUGCGCAUGCGGUGGCUGGAGCGCGCUGUCUUUGCGGCUCACCUGUGGGCCAUCCCGUCGCUUUACAGGCUUUUCGGGGAUCUGGUAGCCCUCUUAGAGGAUCAAGGUCCUCCCAGUCGGGAGACCUCUCCGUUGCAGCAGCAGGAGCAGCGUUUGCUGCAGCUGCAACAAGGGUCGCCGCGAUUCCUUCUGUUGGCGGCAUUAUGGCACCACGCAACGCAGCAGGCGCGACUUCACCUGCACGCGAAGGCGCAGCAGGCCGCUAAUCAAGGCGGAGGGGCUUCUAAGAAAAACCCCCAACUGUAUUUCAGUGCAGGCAAAGCUGUGGAGACAGCCGUGAUAGCCGUCAGGGCCAUUAAGCUGCAACCGCUGCAGCGCGACCCCGUGGAAGAAUUUAUUGUUGAUGUAACUGCAUCAGGAGCAGCAGCGAAUAGUAGCAGCAGUAGCACGAUGGGCAGCUCCGCGAGCCAGUUGCCAAUGCGUCGAAUCUUCGCGGGUCUGGUGGAGAGGUUAAAGAAACACGCUCCAUUGCAUGCGGCGCUGCGGCUCUUGCUAGGAGACGUCGACCCAGCAUCCCUGCGUAUCGCCCUAGAACUGCUACAGGGAGUUGGUCUGAGGGCCGGCGUUGCGGCAAGGGGGUUGGCUGUGCUUCUGCAGCAGCUCCAGCCUCAGUUGCAUGCAGCACUGGACCCAAGCACGUCUAGCAAUAGCCACAGCAGCCACAUUAGCAAUGGCACCUACCUAACAUGUCUUGUCGUCGACUCCGUUUGGAGGCUGUUACGCCUUCUCCAGAGCACUUCCGUGGCCUUCUUGGGCCCCCCAGGGACUUCCUCGCUCCCUGCGGCCUUUACUGCGGCGGAGCUUCACAGGUGCUUGGUUACAGAUUACGAAAUUGUUUGCCGUUCGUUUUAUGCCUAUUUACUCUCGGGCACUCCUGCGGGCCCUCCUCCUCAACGUCACCAGCAGCAGCUGCAGCAACGGCAGCUGCCGUGGGUUCCCCCUGUCGUUAGACUAGUACUGCAAGAGCGUCGUAGCCGCUCGGGCGGGGUAUCUGCGCUGCCUGGUUUGGCCGCGCUCUGUGUAUCUUUAGCAUCGCACCUUUGGGGGCCUCCAGGGGCUCCCGCUUUCCAAGCUAUGCAUAGUGCCGGGGUGGACGCACAGAGCCUCACAGCAGCAAGCGCCGUCUUGGGGCGAGCCUGGCUGAUCCCGCAUCUCUUGUAUCUUCUCAUGAUGAUUCUUAGGGCUUGCUGGGGCGCACAGGUUCAGCAAGCGCAGCUGAAGCGCCUCGACAGUGAUGAUUUUAGCGCCAACGGGCACGGAUGUGGACGGGCAAAGACGGCGGCGGAUCCAGCAACAGUUGCAGCAGCAGCUGCUGAGGAUAUCGCAACAGUGACAAACUGCUGCGUUUCAGUGAUGCGUUCAGUGGGUGACGCAUUGCACCGUGUCCUUCAGUGGCAGUCUGCGCUGGUGGCACAGGACGCAGCAGCAACAACAGCAACAACGGCCACAGUAGCGAAGCCAACAAGAACAGCAGCUGCUGGAGACCGUCGCAACAGCAGCACUAGCAGCAGACAAACAAGCAUCUGCCCUAGCGAUGCCCUCGUAGAUGUAGCAGUUGUUUUUUUGCCGGCUUCUGCAGAUGCAGCAGGAGCAUCAACACGAACGAGCUUCAACGGCAGCACCGUCUCAGGUCUUGGGGGCUGGCACAAAGGGUCGCCGUGGGAGGAGGUUCCAUCCGCAACACGGGAACCGGGCGGCGUUCGCUGCUGUCCUGCUGCUGCUCGUGUGCUGCAGCAGUACUUCACGAGGACGCAGAGGAGCCUCCUGCAAACUGCGAGAGGGCCGUGUUUUGUAGAGGUUUGGGUGCGUACGGUUGGAGCAGUGCUCUCUGAGUUAGCGAUGCAGGAGCAAGCGUUAGCCAGCAGUAGCAACAGCAGCAACAGUAACAGCAACAGCACCAGCAGCAGUAAGAAUAGGCGCAGUUUGGUUGCUUUGGGUGUAGUGGACACACGAGGAGUUACAGAUGCUGCAGCCCGUCUAUCUUUGCCAGUGGAAGACACAUUUGUCCUUGCAUCGCCCGCCUUACCUGGUUUCGACGAUAGGGACGACGCUGGAUUUUCAGAAGAGGUAUCAGCAGCAGCUGUUCCAGCAGCACAAGCAUCAGCAGCAGCAUCCGCGACAGGAACAACUGGAGCAGCAACGGUAGGGGGAGAUGGAAAUAAGGGCAAGGAUUCUCAUCAUGUGGAGGCAACAGCGACUAUCCUGACAGCCGCAACAGCAGCAGGCACUGCGACAGAGAGAAUAGUUACUUUUGCACACAGACUGCCUUCACCCAUGAAGGGAGGCCCACCACAGCCCCUGCUGCGAAUAUACGGCCCGCCUCCAGAGGCCCUGCUGGCUGCUGCUGAGGUCGCUGCUGCUUGUCAGUGCGGUCACGCUGACGAAAAAGCUUUUGAAAAGGGGGACGAGGAGGACGAACAGCAGCAGCCGCAGAAGCAGCGGCAUGACGCGCGUUACUGCGACUGUGGGCGUCUUUUCUUUCUUAAUGGAACAAGGGCGUCUGCGAAUGCGUGCCCACCUGGAACCCGUGUUGCUGCUGCGGUUCGUGUUAUUCCACACAAAGAGACUUCAUCAGCUGCGGCGGCAGAGACAAGCAGCAAGGGAGUAUACUUGCUGGGGCUCUAUGGAGAGCUGCAGCAGCCAACACCCCGAGUGCUCCAGGCUGCGCAGCGACGAAGCAUUCGUGCUGCGGCGUCGCCUCGAAAUUCGGAAUGCCCCACCGGGUCAUACGGAGAGGCUCACUUGGGGCUGAGAGCUCAGCUUCGUGUUGCCCAGGAGGCGGCAGAUGCUUUGGAGGUCCAAAAACUGUGGCUAGCUGCUGCAGCUAGCUGCGCAGACAAGCUCUGGCUCGCCUUUAGAGCAUGUCUAGCCGCCUGCGGCUCUGCCCUUGCCCUAGGUUCACCAUGUGGCCCUUCAACUCCACGAGUUGGCAGUUCAGACGCACUCAAGUGUAGUGUUGAUGACAGCACCAACAGCAGUAACAGCAACAACACCAGGAAGUGCUGCUGCUGCUUAGACAAGACGGAGGAAAGGAUUUCGCCGCUGAGUCAGGCUGCACUGAAUGAGAUCUCAAGGGCUCUGUGGUGGGCGCUGCCUCACCUUGAACACUCGCCGCAGCAGCAGCGACAAACUUCUGCAGCAGAUGGGGCAACCGCAUCCGCCUCAGGUGCUGCAGUGGCUAAAGCUGACUCACAGACAGACCCGCAGCAGCCAUCCACGACGCGACAUUUUGCUUCGAAUUUCUUGAGGCUGCUUAGUGUCUCUUCAGUAGCUGGACGAGGAACAACAGCAGCAGAUGCAUCGUUGCCGUCAGUGCAGGAAGCAGCGGACCGGUACCUGCACAUGACGCCGACGAUGGAGCACUACUCACCUCCAACAGCGGGCCCGCAGCUGCUGGGAAUAGGGGUUUCUUUCCUCGCGGAUCUGGUGUGGACCGGCGUUGUUUCCACGGACGAACAUCAACAGCAGCAUCGGCGGAGGCGCUGCAAGAUGCUCAGCCUGAAAACGAGUAGACGCCCCCCACUGUGUUUGACUGCGGAAACUAUUGCGGUGUGCCUAGUGCAGCUGCUUCUGCGGUGGCUACUCCAGCACGCGCAGCGACGUCUCAUCAGUUUAUGGCUACUGCAUCAGCAGCAAGGCCAAUUGCUGCAGAGGCUGGUGGCAACAGCUUGUUGCGGACGACCCUUGCUGGGCCGUCUGCUGCUGCGGCUUGUGCAUGCAGCCAUCAUAUCUGCUACCAGUCCCUGCAGUGCAUGUGGGCUCCCCAUUGCUGCGACAGAGAGCUUAGACGCUGCUGCUGCUGCAGCACCAUUGCUACCCAGCGCGCCGUGCUGGCACUUGCUUUCUCUCACAGGCCUUGGGGUUCGCGAAAGUGACAGCGCUACAACUCAUUCAACUUAUGCUCACCUUCAGCAACAGCAAGGAGAGAAGGCCCAGAGCCAUUCAUCACCAAAAGGAGCAGCUGGCGGUGUUGUAAUGGGAGUAGCAGCUGCAGGACCAAAGGCAGCACCAGCUACUGAUCUGGCAGCAACAGCUGCAGUAAUCAGUCCUUUGGGCCUGCUGCGUCCUUGGGGGAGCUCCGUCUCUCUACGUUAUGUGCUGCUCCGGGCUGCUUUUCCCUUAGAUACAGAUGCGGCGAGUUGGUGGCGCCUGGAGAUCUCGCUGCCCACUGCCGAGUUUGAAGUGGUUGCCCUCACUGGAUAUGAUGUGCGGCGUCUGUGCAGAGGCCAAGAGCGGCCACCGUCUCACAAGGAGCCACAGUUGCUGCGUUUCGAAGCGUUUGCGACUCCUGUGAAAGAGGGCUCAAGGUUGAACCUCAAAUGCAGCAGCAGUUCUCUGCAGCAACACCUGCGUUCGCUGUACACUCCACUUCGUCUACAAGGGUCUCUCAAGAAUGCAGAUGCAUUGUCUCUCCCGCAAGCUUUCCCAGCCUGUCUCGACGUUGUUUCUUUACCUGUUCCGAAGAAAGGAGUUGUAAAAUUGCGCACCCUUCACAAACCCUUGAAACCUGCGCGCCUUUUGCUGCCGCAUGCGGUCCUUCAUAGAGUGGCGCCUCGUACUGCAGCAACAGCAGCAACCGCAGCAACAGCAGCACGAACGCAAACAGCACCAGCAGCAGCGACGACGCGAGCAGCGUUGUCUGAACGGUAUAGCCCAUUGCUGGGCCCUAUGCGGACUCUGCACCUUUGCGUGCUCACGCUGGAGCCCUUUGCUAGCGGCAUUUCUCUGUCCGUGCACCGUAAGUCUGAGCAGGUGAGCAAGGGUCUACGUAGGCGCCAGACCCUAAAGGAGCUUCUCACGGCUUCCAUGGGAAACGCCAAGUCUGACCCUGCAGAUAGCUCAGCCUUCGUUCCCGUGCCUUUGCAAAGGCUACCCAUAAAGGAGCCAUGCAAUGCUGCUCCUGCUCAGCAGCUUCACUCCCGGCAUCACCCCCAGCGGUGCACGCAGCAAAAAAAGCAACAGCAGCACCAACAACAGCAGCACCAACAAGCGCAGCAACAACAGCAACUGCAACAACAAUGUCCACGAGAGCAACAGCAGGAUAGAGACCUGCAGCACUUGUUGCAGUGGCAAUGGGCGGCUUUAUUCGGUCACUGGGGACUUCAGUCUCAAAGCGUCAAGCUGCAGCGAGCUCUCGUGCUGCAAGACCUUCGCAGAGAUGCUGCAGCAGGCGAGCUUUUGGAGGAGCAAAACCAUGAGCACUCUAGCCAGUUGCCGCAGAAGCAUGAUGUUGCUGUAGAAGAGGCCCUUGGGCAGUUACGUGCUGCUGGCGCUGAACGCCUUGUAGGCCUGUUGCAGCAGCUGUGGCAAGCUGUGCAGAGUGUUGCUUCCGCCUCCUCGAACUUCCGCGUGCAGCCGCUCCCAGUUCGUGAGCUUUUGGCAGCAAACACGAAUAAUGGUUUCGCAAGAGCCUCAGCAGCAGUUAGGGAUACCAAAGUGUAUCACUUCUUGCACUGGGAAACUGAUGAGGGAACACUGCAGAGACUCAGGGCAGCUGUGUCUAGAGCCCAGGCACUGCUGCGCGUGCUGUCUCUUCGGGCUGGCAGUGCGUCUCAGCCACCGUCUACGCUGCUUCAGGAACUUACUGGUUUAUCUCCGUCAUCGGUCUGCUCACCUCAGCAAAAAGAACAGCAACAGCGGCAGACAAGCACGGACAACAGCAAAGGCAAGGGGCUUUCCUCGUGGGCAACGCCAACAGUGCUGCUAGACUACUGGGGAGACGCCUGGGAGCUGCAUGAUCCUGAGGAGAGUUCAUGCCGCCUGUGGCAGUCCCUCUUGUCGCCUGCAGUGGUCUGGGAAGGGGCGGAGGGUCAGCAGCAACAGGAAGACCAGCGGAAGAGGGGGUCUGCUGCUCCCUCGGGGCACACUUCUAGCGCACCAGAAGCUUUUGGGAGCAGAAGCAGGAACGACUGGAAGCUGCAACGGCAACGUGCGCAGGUGUUAGAGGAUGCAGAAGAAGAUGUGUUUUGUUGUCGCUUGCUGCAAUUGUUGCCGAGUGAUGCUUCUGCAGCCCUUCGAGCUUUUCUUUUACAUCUGCUUGAGAACGUGGUCAACGUUUGCAAGGAUUCACAAGACACUUCACUUAGAGCGGCUGACAUCCCGCAGCAUGCAGCCAGCAGCGAAGCAAGAGUUCUUCGUCUCAGUCUUCUGGGGGACCUUAUGCACGUUGUUGGAGCAGUAUCUGCUGCUGAUGAAGUUGUAAGGCAACACCGGCAGCAGCAAGAGCCACCUUUGCCUGCGUUGGCAGAGAAAGACGGGGGUACACGGACUUGUCUCCCGCUGACCUCAGCAGAGGGGCUAGCUUACCGCUUUGCCUCCAUGCUAUUGCAGCAGGUGUCUCCACUAGUUGCCUGUGCAUUGCCUUUGCUGCGGGCGGCCCCAACUCCCGCUGCUGCUGCUGAUGCAAUAGCUGCUUCUGUUGCUGCACGGAGCCACAGUAAACGUAGGCCUUUUGAAGGGAACGAAAUGGAGCUGCGGGCGUGCUGUGAUGGAGACGCUCUGAUAUCAAAGCAGCUGGGUGACACCCCGCAGUUGCUGGGCAUCAAGGCAGAUGUUACAUUUACGCUGUUACGCCUGCUGCCGGCAGCUGCAAGAUCUGCGUUACAUCCAGAGGCAGCAGCAAAGGAACUGGGGCCCCCCGAUAAUGCGGCAUCAUUUUAUUCACCUUCACCGGGCACAGCAACACCAGUAGCAGCAGCAUCGUCAGAUGCUGUGACUGCGGCCACACCUGAUGCUGCUAAGGCGUCUAGUAAGCCACAAAAACCAGUGGCGCUGGUCCGGGUCUCUCUUCUUUUGCGCCUGCUGAGCAGGUGGGGCUUUUUGUGUCUGCCUGCAAGAGACAGUGAUUCGCGGCGACUGCUACGGUGUAUCUACGAUGCUGCUGCCCCUUCUGCCGGUGCGGAGCUGGCAGCUGUAGCAGCGGAGGCCAGCAACUGGCGGCUGUGCCCUGAAGGAACUGCUCCAUGGAGUGCCGUGUGUCGUGUCGCAUCGCUUCUGCCAGCUGCUCUGCUGCAGCAACAGCAGGGGAAAGCAGGCUCUGUGGCCCGUCAACAGGCACUGAAAGGCUUGCUAAAGGAAGUCUCAGCGGUGGGGUUAACUCGGCGUCUGGCGGUCGCUGUUGCAGCUGAGGUGCAGCGCAGCUUUAACCAGAAAAAAAUGACGUCUGUCGAGGCAGCCUCGCCAGAUACAGCACUGGCAAGAGUAGCAGGUGAAACGCGACCUGUAGAUGAUGCAUGGUUGCUGGAGUCUGGAGGGAAGGGCAGAGACUACGACAUUCCUGAUGAGUUACUUGUCGCGAGUAAAGAGGUGCCAGAUCGAUUCAGCUGCAGCGUUUCGCGGAGCACCGCAGCGUACAGAGGACACGUGAACACGAGCCGGCUCGAGCAACAGUUUUUGCUGCCGCGCUGCUGUGGGGCAUGUACAGACGUGCUCAAAAGACGAGGAGCGGCAGACAACAUGGGUUCCGGUUCUGCAGCUGCUGCCUCGGGCAAAUGCGCCUGUGUCCAGAGUGUUGACUCAACGGGUCGCCUUCGGCGAAGUCUUAUAAGCCCUCCUCCCCUGUGGGAGGGCAGCAGCGAAGGUGAAAGCGACUUCGAUGAGAAGCAGCAACAGCAACAGCAGCAGCAACAGAUGCGGCGGGAGUGGAGACGCGGCGACGUCGAUGCAGACUCUCUGGAAAGCUGGACGGAAAGGGGCUCUGACGAAGAGCUCUCCGAUCGGCCGCAGCAGCAGCAGCGGGUUGUUAUUGCGGUGGUGCGGCCACGACGGGCUGCUGCUGCUGCAUCUCGAGGUGCUCCAGAGAUGUCUAGCUCUGAGGAGAGAGAAAGCGACUCCGACGGACAUCGGUCCCCAGGUGAUACAGAUUUCGAGCUUGUGCUGCCGGUUGAGGGGGAAGGUUGGGCAGAUGGACCUUUAGAAGUGGCUGGCCCUGAGGCUGUAACUUUGUUAAGGCUGUUCCGUGGGGUGCUCGAUGACACUAGCAGCAACAACAGUAACAGCAACAGCAACAGCAGCAGUAGCGAGGGCAACAGCAACGACGACAGCAACAAUGAGGACGACAACAGCAACAGAGAAGGCAACAGCAAUGAAGAGAGCAACAACGAGCACAGUAGCGCCAGCAGCAACGACGUCAGCAAUACCAACAGUCAUAGUAACGGCGACAGCAACAGCAGCAGCCGCAACAAUAGUCGCCGCAGGGCUGGUAGGCGGUCACGGGGGCAGCAACAAAGCAACUCAACUAGGGAAGACACAUCAACUGACGACGAGGCGACGCAGGCAGCGGCCCGAUCAAUUUUGCGGCAACUAGUGGUGGCUGCUGCAGCCGCUGGAUGCAGGGAAGCAGCUGCAGCAGCCUCGACAAAUGUCCUGCGUAUAGGUAUUCGCCGCGCUCUCCGUCGCCCCCGAAUUCCGAGCAGCAGUAGCCGCAACAGCAGUAGCAGCAGCGGGGACAGCUACACGAGCCGUGGCAGAGUUCGAGGAAUAGGUCGUCCUCACCGUGGGGUGCGCCGAGUUGGGAGAGACUCGCGAAGUCUCGCUGCCCGGUCAUCGUCCCUAGCUGCAGCAGGAAUAGCUUCCGGAAGCCUGUGGGAGGCAGCGUUGGCGCGGCGUGGACUGAGAGCGGCCGCAGAGCCGAGCCUCGUUUUCGAUGAUAUGCAAAGUGCAGGAGAGACAGUCUCUGAUUGGGACGCACCAGUUAGCCGCUUCGGAGACAGGGCCUUCCAUUCACGCAGCAGCAGCAGCAGCAGUGCCGGUGGUUGCUGUGUUUUGUGUGGGACCUCACUUUGGAGACGCUCUAUGCUUGCGCGAAUGAGAGGAAACGCUGCUGCAGUGCCUACUUCUGCUGCUGCGUCCGGUCUUUCAUUCUCCCUUUCUGUUAAUCCGCAGGUGGCCACAGAGACUGCAGGGUCAGCAGCUUUCGAGCAGCAGCAACAACAGCAACGGUAUAGAUUCGCAUGGGAGCCGAGAUGUGGUAGACGAAAUAGCGACAGCAGCAGCUGCAUCAGCAGCCUGAGCGGCUGUUUCGGCAGCAACGGUGAUAUGUCGCUUCGUUUAGUGCGUAAUUAUGCGCGCGUGAAUCCGGCGUCACUCAAUAGUACAGGAGCGACUACUGAUACUGCAGCUGCCGUAAGUGAAGCAGUUACUUCUGGUCAAGACUUUCUAAGGAGAGCAUUGAGUGACAGCGAAUGCUUACAGCAUCAUGCUGCUCGAAGGCAGCAACAGCACCAGCUGCAGCACCAGCAGCGUAUGAUUCGCAGACACACUGGAGGCUAUCCUUCCUUCUGUAGGGGUUCUCUGCGGCAGGCAGCCAAGGCAAGACUUUGCCGCUUACUGUUGUCGGGUUACAGGAAUGGCGAUUCCAUAGGCGGCUCUUUGGGAGCCCCGAGCCUUUGCAGUCUUCCACUGUGUGGUCGCUGCGCUGAACUGGGCUGGGCGUCCACGGGGUCUAUGCGAUCUAUUGGAUGGCCGCCCAUGCCCUCCACAUCUGCAACCGCGGCUGCCUCAGCCGCAGGGUCAGCAGCAGAAGCUCCUGUUAGUGCUCUCUCAGGCCCAUGUUUACCUUAUUCUCUGUCUUGCGUAGACAGUCAGUUUGGAGACGACGCCUUCAGCGCAGCCCCCACAGGGGGUCCUGCGAGUCUGAUGGUAGUACGGUGUCCGCGAUGUGGUGGCCGUCUUUGUGGGGUGAAGCCCCCCGAGGCGGAGGGGAAGUGGCGGUGUGAUGGCCUAAACCCAGAGGGGCGAUGUGCUGCGGGCCUUAUGGAGUUUAGGUUGUGGGCUGGUGCACAGAGACAUAGGUGCAAGACGGAUGAUUUUGACUACUGCGAGGCCUGCCACAUUUAUAAGGCAGCUCUGAACCGCAGAAAAUCUGUGUGGCGUGUAGACAGCAGCCGCACUUUGCUGCUGCCUGAAGACCCGCCAAGUGUCCGUAAGGGCGUCUUUUUCUGGCAGCAACCUUGUUCUGUGAGUUCCGGCGUUUCUUGUGCUGCGUCUAGUGCUGCUUCUGGUGAAACGCCGCCGGCAGAGGGCACGCAUGUAUCUGGCAACAGCAAUAGCAGAGGAACAACGGCUCUUUGGAAGGCUUUGCGGGCGGACGGUUUGCGUCCCUUACCUCCUCCUGAUGAGCGAGUAGAGGAACUGGUGGCAGAUAAGGUGCGGGGAAGCGCGGACCGCGUGAAUCCGGGCGUACUGUUGUGCCUGCCAAGUAGCCUCAUGUCUCCUAAACCCCCUGAUUCUAACCCGGCGGUAGUUCAGGCCGUGGAGGUACCGGCGUCUCUGCCUGCUGCCAGCAGGCAGCAGCUGUCGCGACUGGGUUGCAGCCAUUUGUUUCCUCUUUAUCACAAAGAUGCCGAAACACUGAGAAUUGAAGGCGUUAGGGCCCCCAACGAGAAUUUCCUCACCCUCAUUCUGGUUGCAGAUGAGAACACAUGGCCUCUCGUCUUGCAGGUCAGAUUCCAGGACACAUCCAGCUCAGGCCGCAGCAGCAGCAGCUGCGGCGUCGGCACUAGCAGCAACAGUACAAGCAGCAGCAGCAGCGCUUCAUCUAGCCUCGCUGUCGAAAAUCGGCAGCUGUUUGCUUCUUCUGACAAGCUUCUUCUCAGCAGCUACGUCAGGGGACACUGGAGGGGCAGCGCGAAGACCGAGGCUGCUAGGCGGCCCACGUCUCCAUUCAGGGAUAUAUUUGCUGGACGGGAUGUUUCACUGGAACCAAGCAACAGCAACACCAACAGCAACAGCAGCAGCAGCUGCAACGUUGAUGCCAAUUGUGUCGAUGAACAGAGAUGGUACGUGGACAUACACCGCGCUUUCGGGCCUGCCACAAGCCCCUUGCGCUUCAAGGGCACUUUGUACAUGAACGGUGAAGUUGUUUACUGGAGUCUUGCUUCCCCCGUCUUAGCGGCAAACCCUCCAAGGUUUGUUGCAGUGAGUGGUGCCGCUUCUGCGGAGGGCAAAGAAAGCGAGGCUGUUUUCUUCGCGUCUCACAUGCAUAGGCACCUUCAGUUGCUAUUCCCCGCGACACUACAGGAGCUCAACAAGUACACUCAUGCACAUCCUGCAGAGCUUUUGUCUGCCAUACCGCCCCCUUACGCGUCCUGCAGAUCCCCUGCGUUUGCAGGCGACGCAACAACAGUAGUGGCAACGGAGCAACAGCAGCAGCAAGAGCGAGAGGUUGUUAGACUAUGCACUGAAGCCACGAGAACGGCCAUGCAGCAGGAGCCGCUAUUGCAAGUGCAGCUCCCGAUUGACACGCAGCAGCGCCAGGGCCUCACUGCGGCAGUUCGAUGCUUUCAGUGGGAAGCGGCGACACAGGCACAAAAUCUACUGGUGCAACUGCUCCUGCAGGAGCCUCGAGCUGCCCUGCCUUUGUGGCCGCAGCUAUUGCGGGCGUUUGCUGAUAUCCUGCGCUCAAGACCUUCCCUUAGGGAAAUCGUAGCGGAGCUCUUCGUUAGAAUUUUGCGCGCUGCUGACACAAUAGACGAAGAGCAGCAACAACAGCCGCAGCUGCAGCUGCAGAAGGAGCUGCAGCAGCAGCAGGAAAUCCGGUUUUGGGCAACGGUGCCUCGCACACUGCCAAGUGUCAAAUUGGGGGUGGAGCUGCUGAUACAGUUGAGAAGCCUAUGUCUUCUUGGACUGAUGUCAGUGGGACUGCUGGACUUGCAUUUCAACUCCGAGUUUUCUGCCUAUAAGGCCCUUGUGGAGGCCCAAGAGAAACGGGAGGAGACAAAGGAUGCUGCAGCAUCUGUUGAGGGCACGGAGGAGGGGACAUGUCUCACAGCCCCUGCAGCUGCCCGCCAGCUGCUGCGUCAGGUUGCAUCUGAACUACUGCACCCACUACAGCAACACUAUCGCAAACCGCUGGUCAUAGACAAGACCGUUAACGGGAUUUCCAGCGGAGGUGUAAUGCGCUGCAGCGCAGCAACCAGCCAUCCCUUGGUGGCUGUCGACAACCUACGCCUCUCGAGACAAGGCUUCCUGAAUCCCGCUCUUUUGCUGCAGGGACUGGAACAAGAGACAUCUCAUCCUUAUUGCCCUGUAACGGCCCUAACAGGCAAAGUGGAGGCUUUUGUUCCCCCCACGCACAAAGAUGGGGUUGAGCCGCAGCAACAACGAGUGGAGUACCAUCUGGAAAGGUCGGGCAAUCCCGCUGUGAGUUUGUCCGCCGGGACCAGUUCUAGCACAAAUAUGAAUAGCAGGAGCGACGGUGGAGGUACCGCAUUUUGUCUUGGCGACUCUCCGCUAUUUGGGGGAGAACUGUCUCCAGGAUUCUCAUGGGCAAGAGGCAGCGUCAUUCGCUUCUGUCGCCUCAGCGGCACGCGUCUAGGCGACACCUUAAGGUUUUACUCACAAGGGGAGCCAGCGUGUGUAGCUGCUUACAGCGGAGGCUCCCUUCGAGUGUGGGGCCGUCCGCUGGUGCUUCCGGGGUUUGGCUUCGAAUGUUCAUUUGCCUCUUUUGGGCUGAGCAGUAGGACGCCAGCGCUGCCGGACCCUUCGGCCCCGAGCGAUGCCCCUGGUAUGUGGCUAUCUCCAGACUUGGCCAGCCCCCUGCUGCCCGCAAUUUCCGGUCUCGUCCAGAGAGCUUCGUCACUUCCAGAAACAGAAACAGAAACAGGAUUUGGUGCUGGUACUGGAGCUGGGGGCCCACGUUCAGAUUUAGUUACUGGGGCGGCCGAGGCAACGCCGCCGCUGCUGAACAGGGAAUGGGGGGGUUCAGCAGAAGUCGCAGCAGCUGCAGCAAAAGUGUCCACAAAAAUUGCUGAAGAGUACUUACAUUGGCAGCGGGUGCAUGAUCAAGCCAGCAACGAAGAUAGCAACGGCAGCAGUAAGUGCAGCAACAACCGCAACGGCUUCAACAGUGACGUUCUUAGCGUUGGCAACAGCAGCGAAACUGGCAAUAGGAGAGAGCCUGUGGCCACGGGCCUUUGGGGCUGGAAGUUUUGUGUCUCGGUAUCGAACCGCCAGGAGCUGUUUAACGCGUACGCGUCCAUCGGACCUUCCCAUUGCUGUGGCCCGACUAAUGUCUCCCCGCUCUUCCCGGAUCGCAUUGCAGCCUCAGCAGCACACAAGCAUCAAAGCGAUGUCUACGGUGUUCUAACCCACUCUUUCUCCCCAGUGUUAAGCGUUGCGCUUCUGCAAUGGCUCAUCUCCGACUUUGCGCAGCACCCGGACGUCAUUGCUGCUGCCAGAAAGAAUCCGCAAGUCGGUGCAGCCCUCGGGGUUGAGGCUGCAACUGUAGCAGCAGCAGAAACGGGAGAGAGCAACAACAGUCUUGCAUUCGUGCCUGCAGCGGCAUAUGAUCCUGCACUUUUCGUGGCACUUUUGGGGGCUGCGGACGUAAUGGCAGCAGUCUCUCCGCUGCCUCUCCAGUCUUCCGCAUUAGCAGUUGCCAGAAACUUUGCUGAGAAUGCUCCUUGGCUGAAUACCGACGAAGUCGAUGACACAGUAAUGUCUCGUUGCGGCACUGGAGCAGUAGUGGCAACUUGCGGUCCUCCGCGACCACUUUUGUGUGCUGCUCAAAUGGGGUUGAUUCGUCGGGUGGCUUGUUUGUGCCUCUGGCGGGCAUCAGACCUGCUUAGCUCCAUCGACGUUCCUCUUUUCGUUGAGAUCUUCACGGGCAACUUGGGCAGAGAAAAAGUCGGCCCUUUCUGGCAGGAGGCUCUGUUUCGUCCUUUCGUCUUCCAGUGGCUUCCCGCGCCCCUCUUGUUUAUUGCCCAGACAAUAGCCGUGCUUCUCCUGGCGGCCCUUGGUGAGGACAGCACGUACAAGCAGCGCGGUGCCAUAGCAGCUGCUGAGAAACCAGAAGCGGCGGCAUCAGCAAAUGAAAAAGCAGCAGGGGAUCUUUUCGGAGUGCGGAAUGAGGUUGAGAAGGCUCUGGCGCAGCUCGUGGAAAUCCGGUGGAGACGCGUGCCCCCACCUCUUUUGUCUGGAGAUAUUGAGCCUGUCUCUGGUUUGAUUUCGCAAGACCGUGUGGGUUCUUUCUUGACGGAACUGCUAGUGCGAUUGUACGCUCUUGGGGGUCUGGAGGCUGAGACAACAGCGAGUACAGGGACUCCAACAGCAGGAGUCACUGCUCCUGCUGCUGCACUGAACCCUUUUGGGACUGAAAGUUGUUGGCAUACAGGCAAAGCCCCACUUCACCGCAUGCUACUGCUUCUGGGCAAAGACGCGCGACGGCUACAGCGGAAAGCCAUGGCUUUCUCACAGUCCUGCUUCAGUCGCACGCAGCUGCAACGCCAGCAGCAGCAGCAAAAAGAGCAACAGCUACUCGAAGUGGAGCGAUUUAUUGAGGAGGGCCCUGUUCAUAGGGCCGUCGAUGUUGCUACAUCAGAACGGGAGCACCAAACAAAUCAACCUGUAGUUUCCAGCAGCCGCACUACCGCGACCAGCACAAAGAAUUCGGGAUCGGAAAUACUUGUGGUUCCCCCCCGACUGCCUGCCGGUCACCCUCUGGAGCUUGUGCGGAGUCUUGGUGAGCUUUUUGUGGAGAGCGCUCAUCCGUACAGCCGGAUGACUGCUGCUGCAGAUAAGCCAGAUGUUCCUGGAGCAGUGCAAGAGCAGCAGCCGGAAGAAACGAAGAGCGACAGACAGUACGCAGCGGGGCAGGAGGAGAUGAUGGAUAGACUGCUGCUGGUCCACCCCGAAGCAGCUGGUGUGUCAGUGACCUUUGGCUUGCCGCCAAGCGAUUUGUCUCCUUGGCACUUGCUGUCAGUUGAAGCGCUGCCUCUCACAGAAUCGAGAAAGCAUCUGCUGCGCCGUAUUCUGAAUGCGCAGCAGGCGCUAGAUAGUCUUGACGCAACAACAGCCGCUGCAGCUACCUCGCUGCGAGAUGAUCAACACGCUGACCCGCGGCAAGCAGCAGCUACAAUUGCAGCAACAGUCACGAAACCGCAACCGGCUGUGGCAGAGGUGCGCAGGACGCUGGCAGCUGAAAUAGAAAAUAAUAUCAAGGAUCUGUGCGGAGAAGAGGAGAGCUGGGCGCCAGCCUUAGAGCUCAGUAGUGCUUGGACUGCUCCCCAGUGGUACAGCGCAGAUUACUCUCUUACUUGUGGAGACACCUCAGUGACGAAGCACUUCGCUAUGGGUCACUUGCCAGCUGUAGCAGCUGUAACAGUUGCUGCUGCAGAGUCUGGUUCAUCAGCCGAGAGUGCUCUUUUGUGCCCUAGAAGACAGCACCAGCCACAAGGGCAGCAGCAACAGCAGCAGCUUGUGUCGUGUUCUGCGGGCUGCUGCAAGGGCUUUCCUGUUGUUUCUGGCGCAGUGCUUCGAAGAUUGGAUUCUUCUGAACAACAGGAAAGAGUGCAGCAGUUGUUUCUGCUGAGCCAGCAACAGGUGGAGCCUGCCGAGGAAAAUGAGGGAGCACAGCGCAGCAGCAGCAGCGUCAGUAGCGUAGGAUCUUCCCCAUCUAGUGGGUCCAUGAGUCUCUUGGAUAGAGCGACGGCACAACUAUUGCGCAUGUUGCGCGGCAGCAAGUCCAGCAGCAGCGGCAGUCCUGCAGCGGACGAGGAUCAGCCGUCCUGCCCCGUGCAGCUCCCACAGCGAGCUUGCCAUGGCAGCGUGGGUGAUGCGCGUCGCCGCUCCUGCGUAGCUGCAGCUGCAGCGGACGCCGCAGCGGCAUCUGCAGCUGCAGCAGCGGCAGCGGGCGCCACAGCAACUUUAGCAGCAUCUGGCAGCAAUGGAACCAGGAGCACAAGCAGCACGGUUUCUUCUCCAGCAACAGAUGCAAAGACGGAGGACGUCAUCCAUCUCCUCUCAGGUGUCCUUAUGCCGAGAGACGCAUUCGCUCUGGAGGGCAUAUGGGCUGUAGAUCUCCGCGUGACCUGGCAAGAAGAUGCGGCAACGGGAUGGCCCCUGGACGGUGCAACAGGCAAAGCUUUGUCACUCAGAGAGGCUUCCACUGCUCAUCGCCGCAGUAGCAACGGCAAAAACAGAGACACCAGCAACAACGCCAAGACUGACAGAGUGAAUGCCUUAGCAGUAUGCGGCCCGGAAGUUGGACUGGUGCCGGUGGUUUACGGGUUCCCUUCGACAGAUAGAAGCAACAUCUACAGGGGCAGCAGCAGCAGCAGCAGCACGGGAUCAGCACCGCAACCUUUGAAGCGCCUGGGACAGCUGGAAAGCUGCCCGCUGAUACCUCCGCCAGCCGACCGCUUCUUCAUGGUCUCCUGCAAGACAGAGUUGGUGCGCGAUAUUCAGCAGCCGAUGGUGCUGCAGCAACAGACGAAGUGUGAAUUGCUGCCUGUUCGAGAUCGGCACACUCGGUCUGAGGACGAAACAGGUGAUGAGGAUGAUUCCCCACUAGUGGAAGACGUUGGCGCAGUUGAGCGCUUACUGUUGCGGGCAUACAGUGCAGCUGAUAUUGUACCUCUAGGCUGUGCACCUUGGCCUGAGGAGGACCGCAUGCAUCAUCUGACUGUGCAGCCGAUACUCCCCUCAGUCCACCUAGGGGAAACCUUUGCUCGUCACCAAGUGCUUAGACUACAGGAGCUUGGGUGUUCCUGCGGUCAGCAGCAGCAACAGCUUGAAGGGGAAAUGCAGACCCAGAAAAGAGACCUUAGCCAGGCAGUGGCGUCGCUGCUGGAACGCAUGGGGAACUCCAGCAGCAUGAGAACGGCCGUUUCAGAUGUGAUCACUGCCGUACCAGCCGCGGCAACGGAGACAUCGUCGCGUCACGCGCAACGUCGCGCCGGUGCCAGCCUAUCCCAGUGCAGCGACAGUGCCAGCGGCAGCUUAUGUUGGCACCGGUUUGUUCCUAGCGGAAUGUUAGAGUUGCCUGAAGAGUCGAAGAAACUCACAGGCUCAUCUGGCGAAUCGAAGAGGUCGUCUGUGGAUACAUCAAUUUUGGGGGACGUCCAAAUGCUGUUUGCUCAGCCCUCUACAGAGCAGCAGCAAGGGUCUUACACAUUAAGUGGACUGUUUGGAGUAGAUGGAGAUGCAACUGGUGAAGGAAGAGUCCCCAAGGAGACGGCUAAGUGCUGCUCUGCUCUACUCUCUCUCAACAUCGAAGUUUCCCUUAGCCAGCGAAGACUAAUCAACCUUAGGCAGGCCCACAGUGACUUCGCGGCAGCCAGGCAACAGAUGAAAGAGCUUAUUGCUCCAGUCGUUAGGUCUGCAAAUCCUCCAAACCCAGAGGAUCCAGUGGCAAUACGCCGCAUGCAUUUGCUACUCCAGCAAAUGCGUCGAUCUCGUCGUCGAAUGCAACAGUUGCAGCAGCUGGGUCCCGAAGACCGCAUCCGCUGUAUUAUCAAACUCCAGCAAGAGCAGCAAAAGCGGCCGAGCGAGCAACAACAAGAAAAAAUUGAAGUAAUGCAUACACUCGGUGACGUGCGAAGGCUGCUUGGUGCAGGAGGAGGCCUUGCCUUAAUACCUGGCAUUCGCUUUGGACCAGCUGUUUGUAAAGUGGAGAUACUUCGGGCAGCGCAGCCUUACCCACAGCCACUCAACCCGGAGCUCUGGGGAGCGAGGGGGUUUUUCGCAGCUAACUGCGCAGCCCUUCGUUUUAGGUUGCAGCGAAGUCCCUAUAGGGCACAUGCCAACUGGGUCGCGGUGAACAGGCUACUCCCAGACGCAUUCUUCCCUCUUCAGCGAGACAAGCAGCAGUCGCAGCAGCAACAAGUGCAGCGCAGUGGAAACGGUGGAGUACAAGGUGACCCACUUGGGCAGCAGAUAGCGCAGGAACUGGGGAACAGCAUCAGGGCCAGGUGCGAUAGCAACGGAGGCAAGAAGAGAAAUUGCGAGGAAAAGUCGUACAUCUUUGCAGGCUACAAGCUACAGGUGGAACAAGUGCUUAGCACCUCAGCAUCUUUCCUGUGCCAGCCCACCCUCAUAGACAUGGAACUAGGAGGUGUUUCUUCUGUCGCUGCUACAGCAGUCAAGGCAGCGGCGGUGGAGCAUGUUGAAGCUGCAGCAGUUCAAGGCUUAGCAUCGACAGAUGCAGGUGAUAGCCGAACGGUCGAGGUGGAAGUGCCUUCUUCGCGGCUGGUGGAACUCUUCUGUCGCCCGGGAUCCUCGGCAGGCGCCUUACUGCUAUCUCGCGCAGAAAACACAGACAGAGAAGCCGCAGUCGGACCUCCAGGGGCAAGCAGCAGCAUUUGGCAAGCAGCAACAGCCUUAUCCCUGGUGUUUGAUGAGGUGUGGCCGGACGGUCUCCUCUUAGCGCUGUUGGCAGACUCGCAGGCCGCAUCCACUGAGGGUGCUUCUUCGUCGCAACUUCUUUUUGCUAAACAGUUCUCGCCAUUGCCACUCCCUGGAAUACCUGCAGAAGCGCCUCCAUCAGCAUCAGCAGCAGUAACAGCAGCAACAACAACGCAAGCCACACCGGCCAUAUGGCACUUCAAAUUGCGCUUGGACAACAGCAACGGUCUCAUGGUCCCCCCAAUGAAUAUAUGGGAAUGGGGAGUGGCGUGGUGGCCGUCAGUUCCAUCGCAGCGGCUCUUGGAAUCCGUAAGUCGCAUGCGAUUAUUUUAUGGACGCCGAGCACCUGCAGCACGAGGGCUGCCACUUUCAAGCACAGGGGCAGCAACAACGGGCGCAACAGACCAGGAAUGGUUCUUUCUUGAUUCCCUUACAAGCGUGGAUUUGGCUCCCCCUGGACAAGGAGACAGAGGACACACCCAGCAGCAGCCAGCCUCAUCUUCUGGCUUGUUGCGCGAGGCGUCUGCGGAUGCACUUGACAGCUCGGUAGAGGAUGAUGGCGAUUCUGUAGGAUCUGCUCCUUCUGAGGGGACUGCCCCAGGUGCCUCUGUUGCCUUCCCACAAGGUCUUGAUGGCUUCAGUAGUGCUGCACGGCGAGGCGAGAGCGAUCCUCUUGUCAGCGCGCUUAGCUUGUGCUGGCAGGCAUAUGUGAUGUGCGCCCUCUCCCCAGCUGCUGCGACGGCCUCUGCUGCCGUUGAAACUACCGCAGCACGCAGAAAAUCUCACGAGGCAGGCGAUCCAACUUUUGCUGUUCUGUCUGCUGCAUCAAGUGGAGUUACCACCCACAGCAGACGGCCAGUGUCGUUCCCUUGGUGGCCCCUGGUGCCGUUGCCUGCGUGUAUUCCUCCUCUGGCCUAUGCAGUUAUGUUUGAAGUCCUAGGCGUCUUCUUCCGUAGUGCGCUGAAGGCAGCAAGUCGUGCAGCUGCAGCAGCAGCUGGUGCAUGUGGGAAUGAUAGAGGGGCAGGUACUGCAGCAGGUGCAGCCACAUUUCAGUUGCUGUGGCCUCCUCACCCCAGGGAAGUACACAGGGCUUUGCUCUGGCGCCUUGAGCUCCUUCACUGUCUCAAUGCAAGUGUCAGUUUCUGCUUGCCUCUCAUAAGCCGUCCUCGCCUCCCACGUCUUUGCUGCUCUUCUCCUCUUUGCGCAAGAGACCUGCCGCUGCCAGCGGCAGCAAACAGCUCAGAUGUUUCAGCCGCAAGUGGAUUGCUGCGCGUAAAGGCGGCACGCUGCGUCUUCGGUCCCACUAUUGCGGAUCUCUCGAGGCCCUUUGACUCUGCGUGCACAUGGGGUGUGAUGCGCAGGAUUGGAGGAAAAUACAGCAGGAAUAGCAGCAAAAGUAACACUGCUGUAUUGGGUCCCCCAGUUUCAGUGAUGGAAGGACUGGUGAGUCGAAUGAGAGACUUACUGCUGCCUUCUCGCCGUGCAUUGGCUUUCAGUGCGUCUUCUUUGUGGCGCGCUCGGCUGCUGGAGCGCUUGAGAGGAGGCGAUUCCUUUAGUUCCGAGGAGCGGCUUGGCUUUUCUCCUGCAGUGUCUGAGCAACUCGCCUGGGGUGCCGUUACAGCCCCAAGAGAUGUCCUGCUGCAGAGGCACUGGGCAGCUGUCGCGGCCCUUCUCGCCAUCAGAGGCGCCUACCCGGAAGCUCCUGGCCCGCAAGAUCAAGAGGCGUACUGUCCUCGUGUGGGGGCAGGUAGCUUGUCUCUCGGCCGAACGAUACCAGGAGGGACAGCAGCAGCUGCUACUAUCGCAGCAGGGGGAGGCAGCAGUGCCUCUGACGAAGGGGAUGUAUCGCUGCUGCCAGAGAGUGAAUUUGCAGCAUCUCUGGUAAACCAACUGUCACAGCAGCUUCUGCGCAUUCCCGCAUUCGCAUUACUUGCCCUUGAGCGCUGUUUUUCAGUCGAGCUGAGGGGCGAGGGCGCCCAGGACUUGGGUGGUCCCUAUGCGGAGGUGCUUAGUGCCGUCUGCGACGACAUUAUUGCGAGUCGUCUCUUUGUUCCAUCUAGCAACGCCAGAGCUGGCGUAGGCGAGGGCAGGGACUUCACUGUUCCUAACCCAUUGCUGCGGGAUCUCCUGGUUCCCGCUGCUGCAGCCGCUGUUGUGUCUGACGGUGCUGCGUCGACAACUUUGCCCUCCCAGAAACCGGGAUUUGUUUCCUCCUGGACGGAUGACGCAGCUCUAGGUGUGUUUGGUUCCAUGACUCUUGGCCAUGAGCCUGCGCCAUUGCCGUCCCUUCUUUCUGAUGCCCCGCCAUUACUCGUCUCGUGUCCACGCUUUGACUGCGUGCCGGAAGCCGAUGCAGCAAAUCCCUUGGCACUGCUGCAUUCACAGAUUAUGGAACAGCAGAGGGACUUUGUGCGGCUGGCGGGGUGUUGGCAAGAUGAGUCAGAGGAAGACGAGGAAAGUUUGCUUCUGCGGUUUUGGGGUGUAGGAGGACUCACAGUAUACGGACAGAUAGUGGCCCGCGCACUUCAGGCUGUGGGUGUUCUUAUGGGAUGCGCUGUCAUAUCUAUGAGCCCUCUUAAUCUUUCUCUCACUCCAGCCAUCUGGACAUUACUGCUAGGCCAGCAGCCGUCAGCGGCGUUGCUGUUGCAGCAAGACUUGCUAGCAGCAAAGCAUCUUCGCAGGCUCCAGGCGCCCAUCGCUGCAGCUGCUUCUGCAGCAAGUGCAGUGGAGAUGGCACCUACCUCUGCUUCAGUCUUUUGCGGUAGGGAGACAGUAUCGGCUGCUGCGGCUCUUGGAGAUGUUGCUGCAGUAGAAACAGCAGCAUCUAUUGCCGCUGCAGAAACAGCAGCAAAAGUAGCUGUUGCAGCAGGAGAAGAUGAAGAGGAGGCUCGGGAAGAGGCAGCUGCUGCAGUGCAGGUGCUUUUGCAACGUGGCGCCUGCAUAGACGACUCUGUCGGAAGGCCACUGCCUCUUGCUCCCUUGUGGGAUCGUCUUCGUCUGCGUCCCCAAGACCUCCCCGCGAUUUUGAACAUUGAACAAUGUGCAAAGAUCUCUGAGGGCUUUGAAGCAACCUGUUUCGUGGCAUGGGGACUGCAGCAACUUGUUCCCCGACCUCUCCUAAGAGCACUGUUGCGCCCUGACGACUUCAGGCUGAUUGUCUGCGGCGAUCCCGACAUUGAUGUAGAGCUUCUGAAGCGCAACUGCAAGGUUGUAUGGGACCGCUGCAACGACCGCGAGAAGCAGCUGGUAGGAUGGGUUUGGGACGCUUUGCGAGGCUUCAGCGCAGCUGAGCGGCGCCUCUUCCUGAGAUUUGUGUCUGGGAGAUCUCGUGUGCCCCAGGGCUGGACCCUUGGUGGUAGCGUGGGGUCAGAGGCAUUCCCUGCCCGCAAAUUUGAGCUCCACAUUAUGAGAGACGAAGAGGCGCUGGAGGCUGUCGACACAUCUUUCUCGGGCCCGCGGCAAGUGGCAGGCCAGCGAGUAGACGAUCGGCUGCCGUCGGCUAGCACAUGUUUCUUCAUGAUGAAGCUGCCCAAGUAUUCUUCUUUUGCGGUUCUGCAGACCAAGCUGCGCACAGCUAUCACUUCAUGCUUCGAAAUCGAUUUAGAUGCCAUGCACCAUAACGCCAAUCAGCAGCACCAUGGUGGAUAG